GGCCAUUCAGCGUCUGCUAGUUCUAUCAAAAUGCACACUAUCAAAAACGUAAUGGCAUCUGCUGAGCUUCAGAUUUUGGCUACUACCCUCGGGGUCAUCGGCUGGUUGGGGGCUAUCAUUAUUUGCGCGCUCCCCAUGUGGAAGGUGACCGCGUUUAUUGGCACCAACAUCGUGACCGCACAGACCUUCUGGGAAGGCCUUUGGAUGAACUGCGUCCAGCAGAGCACUGGGCAGAUGCAGUGCAUGUCCCACGACUCCAUGCUGGCGCUACCCCAAGAUCUCCAGGCCGCUCGAGCUCUUGUUGUCUUCUCCAUUCUCGUGACUUUCUUGGGAGAUCUAUUGGCUGUCGCUGGAGGCAAGUAUGCCAACUGCAUUGACGAUCCGGAUGCAAAAGCUAAAGUGGGGGUCGCGGCCGGCGUGUGCCUCCUGGUUGGGGGCGUUCUGUGCCUGAUCCCGGUCUGCUGGUGCGCGCACACCGUCAUCGAAGACUUCUUCAACCCCGUUCUAUUCGAGGCUCAGAAGCGGGAGCUGGGAGCAUCGCUGUUCAUCGGCUGGGGCGCGUCUGGGCUGCAGAUCGUCGGAGGGGCGCUUCUGUGUUGCCAGUGCCCGAAGAGUGACGGUCGCGGUUACUCCGUGAAGUACUCCGCUCCCAGGUCUGCUCCAGUAGCUAAUGUGUGAGACUCGGACUUUCUGAACUGGAAUUAGGCGACUUCUCCUGUUUGUUGAAGGAAGAGAUGUAAACGUUGUAGUUUAUGGUUUUGCAUGACUAUUUUAACUUAAAUUAAUGUGGCGUCUUUUAUUUAUGUAUUUUUUUUAAUCUUCCACUAUAAAGUUUAUAGUAGCUACUCAGUUUGUUUGCCCCCACCCCAUUUAUUUGU